AUGUAAUUGUUAGUUUGGUGCAAGCGAUAGGAUUUGGCACGGAUGGCAUCGCGGCUGGAUCCUUUGCAGCGCGAAUGAUGUCGUUAUUCGGUGGUGGUGCUACUGCCAAAGGUAGCAUUGUAGCUAUAUUGCAAUCGAUUGGCGCAGCAGGAUUAAGUGUAGAAGCAACUAUCGCAAUUGCAGUUGUAGUUGCAAUUGUCUUAUUAAAGUAG